UCGUAAAAUGUAGAGCAUUUGUCAUAACAUGUUAAAAUUGUAUGAUUUCGCCUUUUCAACUUGGACAAUAUUUUUGCGGGGGCUGAUCUUUAAAGUCAUUUGAAAUAGUGUGACGUAAAAUAGAUGCCGUUUUAUAACCUAUCUAACGAACAAUUGUUGAUUUCGGUUUGUAAUGUUUGGAUGGAAUUCGUGUCGCGUAUGAUUUAAUAAAUUCUAUUAAUGCGAUUUGCAUUUUAUUCAACGUGUCUAAUAUUCCAAAUGCGAUAGUUGAUAAAAAUGGCGGUUACUAUUGAUUCUGUGAUCUACUUGUUUCUUGUUGCAAUUUUUUGGGGAGUAACUAAUCCAUUUAUUAAAAGAGGUGCAAGAGGUUUGGAAAAUGUCAAGGCCACAUCAGCUUAUGGACAAUUUAUAAAGGAGUUUAUAUUUCUUAUAACUAAUUUAAAAUAUCUUGUGCCAUUUAUUGUUAACCAAUGUGGCUCAGUGCUGUAUUUCCUGAUUUUGCAGAACAUUGACAUAUCUCUGGCUGUGCCAGUUUCAAAUUCUCUUACCUUUGUAUUCACUGCAAUCACAGGCUGGUUUCUUGGCGAGGAAAAAGUACAUAGAAAUACCUAUCUAGGAAUGAUACUUGUGCUAUGCGGAACAACAUUGUGCUGUUGGGACAAGCUGAAUAAAACUGUGGAAUUUUAACUUGUA